CCAUGGCUAACGUGCUCUUCUUCUUCGUCGCCUUUGUCGUGCUUCUCUUCCUCGACCCUCACGUCGAAGGGUCUCGCCUCAGCCUCACCCAUGUCGACUCGGCCGCUCAACUCACCUCGGCGGAGCGAUUCCGUCGCGCCGCCCGCCGGAGCCACUCUCGGAGGCAGGCCUUCGAGGGAAAGUGGAGCUCGCCGAGCACCGUCGUGGCAGUCGUCGACUACGCAGGUGAUACCGAGUACGUCAUAGACUUCGGCAUCGGUUCGCCGGUGCUUCCUGCCACGGCCAUCCUCGACACCGGAAGCGACCUCAUUUGGACGCAGUGUGUCCCCUGCCUCGAUUGCCUCUCGCAGCCGAGCCCCUACUACGACCCCUCCAAGUCCUACACCUUCUCGCCGGUGCCCUGUUCCAGCCCUUUCUGCAGCAACCGAACCUCAAUUGACAACGACUGCGGAGGAGACCGGUGCCUCUACUUAGCCUCCUACGGGGACGGCAGCGAGAGCAUAGGCUUCCUCGGGACGGAGACAUUCAUUUUUGGCGACGGAUCGUCGAUCGCCGGCGUCACGUUCGGAUGCGGGUUUCAGAACAACGGCUCGUUAUCGAACUCCACCGGCAUCGUCGGCAUGGGCCGAGGCCCGCUCUCGUUGCCGUCGCAGCUGAACCCUCGCAAGUUCUGGUACUGUCUCACCCCUUUAGACAGCUCCGCCGCCAGCCAUCUCUUCUUGGGUUCCACGGCGAGCCUGGGAGGAAACAGAGGAGCCUUAAUUGGAAGCACGCCGUUGAUCUCCAGCCCGCUUACCUACUUUUCCACCUUCUACUAUCUCUCCUUGCUCGGGAUCUCGCUCGGAGGCAAUCGGCUUCCGAUUCCGGCGUCCGUCUUCCAGCUGAAACCCGAUGGCUCCGGCGGGACCUUCAUCGACUCCGGCACCUUCCUCACGUCACUGAACCAGGCCGGGUACGACAUACUCAGGGAGGAGAUAAUCAAGCAAGUGCGGAAGCCGGCGGCGGAGUUGCCGGAAGUGAUACGGGAUACGGGCGUCGAUCUCUGCUUCUCGUUUCAUGGAGCGAGCUGGCUUCCGCCGAUGCCGGAGCUGGUGUUCCACUUCGAGGGCGCCGACAUGAGGUUUCCGAGGGACAAGUACAUGGCGUACGUCGACGACCUGGGGUUGCUCUGCUCGGUAAUCGUCGGAACGCAGGACUCCUCGAUCUUCGGCAACUACCAGCAGCAGAACAUGCACAUCCUCUUCGAUCUGGAAGCCGACGUGCUCUCCUUCGUUCCGGCGAACUGCAACCAACUCUGACAUGAACGCAUGUCUGUAAUUUUACGUAGCUUCUGCGUGGCACUUAAAGGUAGUGUGUGUUACGGGUGUUUGGUUAAAUAAAUAAAUAGUAAAUUGUCCUGAUAUAUAUAUAUAUAUAUAUAUAUAUAUAUAUAUAUAUAUAGAGUAGGUACAUGCUGCGUACUGCAGCAUGCGUAGAA